CAUCCCGUUAAUUCCAGCAUUGAGUUGAACACAAUACAUGCAAAAAUUGUAUGCACACAGGCAGCAAAUGUCCCUCAUUCUCAAUCUGAAAAGCCAGUAACAGGAUACAGUCAUGUCAGGUGGGACUUAUCAAUAUGGUAUAGGCGCUUGCCUUUUUAAAAUGAACUGUCCCAUCACAAUGCCCCUUAUCUCCCUCUUGUUUGUCCGUCUGCUAGUUUUGCAUGGGGAGGAAGAGCCGUUUUCUCUAUGUAUGUGAGAAGAGGAGCUCAGCUUCAUAUGCAAAAUGUUGGGACAUUCAAAUUAUUCGGAACAAAUAAAGGACCCUGCAGACAUUGUCAUCUCUCUGUAUAUAGGCUGUCGUCUUAAGAGCAUCUCUGCACUGAUUCCACCCAGCAAGGGCUAUGCCUCGCUCAUUCUUGGUAAGGAGAAAUCGCUCUGCCGUGGGAUUAACUGGAUGGGGGCAUCUUGUGGAUGCAGAACGAGGAGACCUGUACAUUCCAGAUUCCAUACUUUGGUCUUACUCACCAGAACGGCAAACACAGACUCCAACAGCUACAGAGGGCCCAUUCUCUUGCCGGGCAUGCAGGAAGACUUUCCCACUGCAACGUAUGUUAACCCGUCACCUGAAGUGUCACAGCAUCCAGAAGAGGCACCGCUGUCCGUGCUGUGCUAAAGGAUUUAAUGACACGUUCGAUCUGAAACGUCACAUGAGGACUCACACAGGAAUCAGACCAUACAAGUGUCCAGCCUGUGAUAAAUCCUUUACUCAACGCUGCUCACUGGAAUCUCAUCUGCGCAAGAUCCAUGGGGUGCUACAGAGUUAUGCCUACCGCCAACGCCGCUCCAAGAUCUACGUAUGUGAGGACUGUGGCUUUACAUCCACCAGCGCUGACACCUACACACUUCACGUCAUAGAGGUCCACCCCAGCAACCCCAUGCUGUCCAAACACCUACGGAAAAGAGUGGCUGGCGUUCUGAGAGGGGACAUGGGAGGUCUGCUGCAUCCAACGCCAUGUUACCUCCAAACUCAUGUCACAACAAGAUGACAGACAUUAUGAGCCUGG